AUGUCCGACUUCAGCACAUAUCACCACCUGGGCCAGGGCGAGCAGGACCCCUCGAACCCGAACCGAUCGACACAGCCCGCACCUCCCCAGUUCUCCCCUCCCAUCGCGGGGCAGCCAUACCAGCAGGGCGCUCCCUACGGAGCCCCUCCCGCGCCGGGACGGCAAUACUACGGCGGCCAACCGCCCAUGCCUGGCUCGGCGCAGCCUCAAGGCUCACCGUACGGCGCUCCUCAAGGUCAGCCCUACGCCCAGAGCCCCGGAUUCCAGUCCCAAGAGAACUUGGCGGCGCAGAUGGGUGGCAUGUCUUUGGGCCCCGGCGACGGCCACAACACUCUGAGGAAGAAGAAGAAGGAUCGCCAUGCAUACCACCAGGUCGAGGCCACAGGGUCCUCGCAAGCUUUCAACGGCAUGCCUCCCCCCGGUACCCCGGCCACGGCCUUCUUGAAUGCCGAUCCCUCGCAGGCCCAAUAUGUCAACCCCCAGAUUACCCCUGCGAUGAAUCAAUUCCCGGCCGCCGCUGGCCAAACCUUCACCCCCGGUAUCCCCGCGACCCAGGCCGAAUUUGCGACCCGGAACGGCGCCGAUGCCGGUGGACCCCCGGCCGUCGUCCAGACCGGCGGACACCAGAAGCUCUCUCUCGAUGACCUACCGAGUGUACCCGUGUCCCGCGAUUCCCUCCAGCAACACUACUUCUCGAAUGUUUACCCCACCUUCGAGAAGCACCUGCCUCCCCCAGCUACCGUCUCCUACGUUGCUUUCGAUCAGGGCAAUGCCUCGCCGAAAUUCGCUCGCCUGACGUUGAACAGCAUUCCCGCGAGUGCCGAGGGGCUCGCACUGACCGGCCUUCCCAUGGGCCUGCUCCUCCAGCCACUGGCACCCCUGCAGCCCGGUGAACUCGAGAUUCCCGUCCUCGACUUUGGCGAGUCUGGCCCCCCGAGAUGUCGCCGCUGCAGAGCUUACAUCAACCCCUUCAUGAUGUUCCGGUCCGGCGGCAAUAAGUUCGUUUGCAACCUGUGCACAUACCCCAAUGAUACCCCGUCCGAAUACUUCUCCGCCCUCACCCCUCAGGGUGUAAGAGUAGACCGCGACCAGCGUCCCGAGCUUACCAGGGGAACCGUCGAGUUCGUUGUACCUAAGGAGUACUGGACCAAGGAGCCUACAGGCCUCCGCUGGCUGUUUGUGAUUGACGUCACCCAGGAGUCUUUCAACAAGGGAUUUAUCGAGUCCUUCUGCGAAGGCGUUCUCGCGGCGCUCUACGGUGGCGAGGAUGCUGAGCGGGACGAGAAUGGCGAGCCAAAGCGUGUAAUCCCCGAGGGUGCCAAGGUCGGUUUCGUGACAUACGACAAGGAUAUUCACUUCUACAACGUCAGCCCUUCCCUGGAUCAAGCUCAGAUGAUGAUCAUGCCUGAUCUCGAGGACCCCUUCGUGCCCCUGAGCGACGGCCUCUUUGUUGAUCCUUAUGAAUCCAAGGCUGUCAUCACUUCCCUGCUCACCAUGCUUCCCACCAUGUUCUCCAAUAUCAAGAAUCCCGAGCCUGCUCUCCUAGCUACUCUUAACUCGGCGGUUGCCGCACUGGAGAAGACCGGCGGAAAGAUUGUCUGCUCCUUGGCUGCGCUGCCCACAUGGGGCCCCGGCCGUCUGUUCCUUAGGGACGACGGCAAGCACCCAGGUGGUGAGAUUGACAAGAAGCUCUUCUCUACGGAACACCCGGCCUGGAAGAAGGUUGCUGAGAAGAUGGUCGCCACCGGUAUCGGCGCCGACUUCUUCCUCGCCUCACCAUCCGGCGGUUACCUUGACAUCGCAACUGUUGGCCACAUCGCGGCUUCAACAGGCGGCGAAACGUUUUACUACCCCAACUUUAUCGGCCAGCGCGACAACACCAAGCUGUCGAUGGAGAUCAAGCACGCGGUCACUCGCGAGACCGGUUUCCAGGCUCUCAUGAAGGUUCGCUGCUCGAACGGGCUGCAGAUUAAUGGCUACCACGGCAACUUCAUUCACCACACCUUCGGUGCAGACCUCGAGAUUGGAGUUAUCGACGCCGACAAGGCCAUGGGUGUCACAUUCUCUUACGAUGGAAAGCUCGACUCCAAGCUGGACGCGCACUUCCAAUCCGCCCUUCUCUACACCACGGCAUCAGGUCAACGCAGAGUACGCUGCUCCAACAUCAUUGCUAGCGUCUGUGACAACCCGCGAGACUCUGUCAAGUUCAUCGACCAGGACGCCGUGGUCGCUAUCCUCGCCAAGGAAGCAAGCACAAAACUGGCCACCACCUCCGCGUCUCUCAAGGACGUCCGCAACCACCUCACCGAGAGGACAAUCGAUAUCCUCUCUUGCUACCGCAAGAACUUCCUCACCGCAGCUCAGCCCGACGGCCAGCUCGUCAUGCCGGAGCGCCUCAAGGAGUUCUCAAUGUACAUGCUCGGCCUCGUCAAGUGCCGCGCGUUCAAGGGCGGCAACGAAAGCUCCGACCGCAGGGUACACGAGAUGCGCAUGAUCCGCUCCAUGGGCGCCAUGGAACUCAGCCUCUACCUCUACCCGCGCAUGAUCCCCGUCCACAACCUCGCACCCGAGGAAGGCUUCCCCGACGAGUCAGGCCACCUCAAGGUGCCCCCCGCCAUCAGGACGUCCUUCUCCCGCGUCGAGCCCGGCGGCGUUUACCUUGUUGAUAACGGCCAGCAAUGCCUCCUCUGGUUCCACGCACAGACGUCGCCGAACCUCAUCGCAGACCUCUUCGGCGAGGACAAGACGACCCUCCAGAGCCUCGACGCCUACACGUCGUCGCUGCCCAUGCUCCAGACGCACCUCAACGCCCAGAUCCGCAACAUUGUCGAGUUCCUCAAGACGAUGCGCGGGUCCAAGGGCCUGGGCAUUCAGCUGGCAAGGCAAGGCAUCGACGGUGCUGAGUACGAGUUCGCGCGCAUGCUGGUCGAGGACAGGAACAACGAGGCCCAGAGCUACGUUGACUGGCUCGUACACCUCCACAGGAGUGUGCAGCUCGAGCUGUCCGGCCAGAGAAAGAGAGACGACCCGUUGACGGACGCCAACGCCCUAGCCGGCUUCGCUGGCCUGCGGCCUAAUUACUGGUAG